UAUCGUUGGACUCUAGCAACCCAAAUCAUCAUAUAACUACAAAGUUCACCGCAAAGACUAGUAGCACUAGUGGUUAUUGUGUUUGUGUUGGGAUUAUCAGGAUUCAAUCAGCUACGCCCCGUGUAGCUUGUCCUGGUCACCUACUAUCUGACAAUAGAGAGAGAGAGAGACAGAGAGAGAGAGAGAGAGAGAUGAACAGCAGAGGUAGAAGAUGGUCGCUAGAGGGAAUGACAGCUCUUGUCACUGGUGGAACCAAAGGAAUUGGGUAUGCUAUAGUGGAGGAAUUGGCCGGGCUAGGUGCAAUUGUGCAUACUUGUGCCCGAACUGAAGUUGACCUCAAUGACUGCCUGAGUCAAUGGGAGAAGAAGGGUUUUCAAGUUACUGGAUCAGUCUGUGAUGUGGUGUCCAAAACCCAAAGAGAGGAACUUAUAAACAAGGUCUCAUCACUCUUUGAUGGGAAACUUAACAUCCUUAUAAACAAUGUGGGGGCUAACAGACCAAAAGCAACACUAGAGUACACAGCUGAAGAUUACUCAUUCUUAAUGAGCACCAAUCUUGAAUCUGCCUACCAUUUGUGCCAACUUUCACAUCCUCUGCUCAAAGCUUCAGGAUCCGCUAACAUCGUUUUGUUGUCCUCCAUUGCUGGUGUGGUCUCACUAAAUAUUGGAACUAUAUAUUCUGCAACUAAAGGUGCAAUAAAUCAAUUAGCAAGAAACUUGGCAUGUGAGUGGGCAAAAGAUAACAUAAGGACUAACAGUGUUGCACCUUGGUUCAUUGCCACUCCCCUUGGUGAUAUGUUUCUCGGAAAUGAAAAGGCAUUGGAGAUGAUAAACUCUCGGUGCCCUUUAGGACGUCCUGGGGAGCCAGAGGAGGUGUCUUCGCUGGUAGCAUUUCUAUGCCUACCUGCAGCUUCUUACAUUACUGGGCAAACUCUUCUUGUCGACGGCGGGGUGAGUGUCAAUGGCGUGCUCUUCCAAGGAGUAUGAAUUGGAAACAUGUCUCAUCUAUCGAAUUCCAAAGUGGUUGUGCUUUAAGCUUACGUGAAAAUAAGCCUAAUAAGGUGACGUUAUAAUGUUCUAAUGAAAUAAGCAAGUAAAAAGAUCGCCAACCAUUUGGUCAGCAUCUAGUUUUCACUCUAUUUGAGGAGCUCUCAAACCUCGUUAGUAUUGACAAUUGGUUUGAAACUGUAAUGUAUUAAGUGGUUUUACUCUAAUUAUAUUAAGGUCUUUUGUGAUUAAACUUUUUA